ACGGUCGUGGAUCGGAUCGGCGCAGACGCAUCCAGUGGUAUAUGGAUUUGAAGUACAAGCCUGGCAAUAUCCGAAAGAAAGAAAGGUGCGCAUGCGCAUGGAAAGCGGGAAAAGCGGCUAAAGCGGCUAAAGCGGCUAAAGCGAGUGGUGUGUUCUGCAAGACGGAGCGUGAAGUGCGGCAUUGUUUGCAUUUUAUUAUUUGUAUUUUGUUUUGUUUGUAUUGUGCUUGCCUAAAUGCGGAUAAAUAUGCGGAAAACCUAAUCCUCCGGAUCGUAACAAUAGGCGACGUCAACAGGCUAUCGAUUACCGUACUACCGAGCCGAGUUGUGUGACACUUUUCCGCGCAGCGAAGAAAACAGGUUGUAACUACCGCCAGUUGGCCAGCACCUAGGGCACAUUGGCUCGGGCCUCGCUGCUUCACCUGUUCGCCAGUUCGCCAGCUUGCCAGUUUGCCAGUUCACCUGGAUCCCCGGAUCACCUGGUGGUCAUGCAGCCUUAGCGGCACACAAUUCUCCUCCACUUACCCAAAAAGCGAGCGGGAGAAGCGCUGAAAGGUUCGCGAGGAGCGCAGGUCCGCGAUUGCGGAGCCAGCCAGCCGAUCCAGGUCCAGAUCAGAACCCAGAUCCAGAUCCAGAUCCAGAUCCAGAUCCAGGAUGUCGGACAUCUACUACUGCAGCAACAGUCAGAUGAAAAAAUCUCGCGACGUGGAUAAAUCAUCCGCCUCGUUGGCGGCCACCAAUACCAAUGCAAGUGCCGCAAAUAUGGCGGCCGCUGAUAAGAAGAACAACAACAACAACUGCAGCAAUCGCAACAAAGACAAGAGCAUGCAAACGAACGGUAAAAACUGGAAGGGCAUUGUCCAGAGCAAUCCCAAUCCGAAUGGCGGCGGACUUGGUGUGGGCACCACGGCCCAGCCGCCAAAGGUUUUCCACAACACCCGAUGCACGAGGCACCACAAGCCGCACCACAGUCACGGCAACGGAACGCCGGCUUCUGCGGCUGCAGUUGGAGUACUAAGUGGUGGGGGAAUAGCAGGAGCAGGAGCAGGAGGAGGAGGAGGAGGAGUAGCCACCGCCAAUGGAUCACCACUGGAGACGACACAGCAGCGGGAAAGGGAGCGGGAAAGAGAUCGGGACAGGGAUCGCGAGCGGGACAGAGACCGGGAGAGGGAAAGGGAAAGGGACAGAGAGAGGGAAAGGGACAGGGACAGGGACAGGGAGAGGGAGAGGGAACGGGAACACCACCUCCACAUGCACCAGCACAACCACAACCUGAGGAGAAAGUCCGAGUCCGUCCUGUCCACCGACUCGGACAUCCGCUUCACCCGCCGGAAACUGGGCGACGGCCAAAAGUGCGGCUGCGCCGUCAUCGCCGGAUUCCUCAUCGCCCUCCUCGUCGCCGGCGUCUUCGUCUAUGUGGGAUACACCUAUUUCCGGCCGGAGCCGCUGCCGGAUCGCGUUUUCCGUGGCCGCUUCAUGGUGCUGAACGACAAGUGGAACAUGGAGCUGGCCAACCAGAACUCGAUGAGGUUCCAGCACAAGGCGCGCGAUUAUCGGGAGCGCAUAAAUCUCACCCUGCGGAGAUCCGACUUGAGGGAAGCCUACGAGGGCAGCGAGAUUCUGGCUCUAGAUGGCAGUGAGGACAACAACAACAUAAUCGUGCACUUCAACAUGAUAUUCGAUCCUUAUGCGGGUCUGGUGAGCAGUGGCGACCUCCUGGCCCUCUUCCACGAGGAGAUGACCCAGCCGCCGCAGCAGCGCCGCCACUUCGCCAACAUGACGGUGGAUGUGGCCAGUCUGAGCAUCAAGGAGACCACCGGUUUGAUCGAGGAGCCCGUGAUGUCCAGCUCGCCGCUGGGCGGGCACGAUGAGACCACCGAGCCGGUGGUGACCACCACUCCGGCUCCGCCGCGCCGCUGUUCGCCACUGGAGCUGCCGUACUGCCGCCAGGUGGGCUACAACAUCACCACCUACCCGAAUCUGCUGGGCCACGCCAGCUACGAGCAGCUGGCGGAGGAUGUGAUUGUGUUCCGGGAACUGGUCGACGGCGAGUGCCAUCGGGAGGCGUACGACUUCGUGUGCCGCCUGCUCCAGCCACCAUGCGACACCCACGGCGCCGAUUUGCAGCCCACUCCCGGCCAGAUUUGCCGCGAGUACUGCGAGUCCUUCAUGGCCGGAUGCGGCGGUCGGCUGCCGCAGCGCUUCCGGCACUUCUUCGACUGCGAACGCUUCCCGGAGUCCACGGGCACCCAGUCGUGCCACCAGAAGCCGCACUGCGUCAGCGACAUGCAGUCCAAUGUCCAGAGUCCGCGCCUCUGCGACGGCUACGCCGAUUGCCCCGACUUGUCCGACGAGCGCAGCUGCGCCUUCUGCUCCCCCAACGCCCUCUAUUGUGGGCGUGGCCGGGCCUGCGUGCCGCGGAAGGCGCGCUGCGACGGCAAGGCCGACUGUCCGGAUGGAGCCGAUGAAAAGGAUUGCCUUUCCAUAGCUCCGCUGGCUGCUGAUCUGCUGCAGCCGGAGCCCCUGGUUCCGUACCUCUCCCGCUUCCACUCCGCCGGAUACGCCGUCUUCUCCGAAAAGGGAGUGGUGGGAAAACUGUGCGCCGAGGGACUGGAGGGCGAUUCCAAGCUGGUGGUGCGCCAGACCGUCUCCGAGUCGCUCUGCAAGUCGCUGGGAUACGAAUCCGUUGAGAUCUUCGACGUGCAGAACGACACGGAGCAGCUGAACGACUACGUGCGUGUCCUGGAUCCGCAUGCGCCGGAGAUCAGCUUCAUCAGGACGCACUGUCCGCGGCGGCAGGUCCUCUACGUGGGCUGUGGGGAGCUGCGCUGCGGCGUCCAGUCGGCGCUCUUCAACGCCAAGCAACAUCUGUCGCUGCCGAAGAUGUCGGCGCCCGGGGAUUGGCCCUGGCUGGUGGCCCUCUUCCGCGAGGACAUCCACGUCUGCGACGGCACGCUGAUCUCGCAGGACUGGGUCCUCACCACCGAGGGCUGUUUCCAGGGCCAGCCGCGCGCCACCUGGAUGGCCAUCGUGGGUGCAGUGCGUCUCUCGGCGAAGGCGCCGUGGACGCAGAGGCGGCGCAUCAUCGGCAUGAUCAAGAGUCCGGUGGAGGGAUCGACGGCGGCACUGGUGCGCCUCGAGACGCCGGUCAGCUACUCGGACCACGUGCGACCCAUCUGCCUGCCGGACGCACUGCAGCGUCGGUUGCUCCAGCAGCAGCCCGCACAAAGGAGAUCCCAUGUGCCGGUGGCGGAGCGGCUGGAGGGACAGCUGCCGGUGCAGCAGAGGAGCAGUCGAUUGUCGGCGGAGAACCAGCAGUUCUUCCUGAUCCCCUCGCAGGAGCAGCUGGACAGCUCCACGGAGAACCAGGAGGAGGAGGAGCAGGACGGCGGGGAGGAUAACUUCGGGGCCGAGGCAGCCGCCUCCUACAUGCCGAAGGCCGAGGCUCUCCACCAGGAACUGGACGCCUAUCCCCUUCCGGAUCAUGCUCCCCAGGUGAACUACUACGGCGGCGGUGGCUCCUCCUCAGCGGGAUCCCCUGCCACAUCCUCGGCCAGGAUAGCCACCAAGGCACCCGUAGCCGUUUCGGCAGUCGUUCCCGCUGCCCAGGAACAGGUCUGGACGAACUGCAACACCCUCGGGUGGUCCAGGCAGCGGGAUCACCUGCAGCGGGUCCAGCUCAAGAUUGGCGACAUGGCGCCCUGCGAGAACGUGUCCAUCGCCACCGUGAACUCCAUGUGCAUGGAGGCCACCUACCAGAAGUACGACUGCACGCAAGAGGAGUAUUCGGGAGCACCCGUUCAGUGUCUGAUCCCUGGAACGAACCAGUGGGCUUUAAUAGGGGUCUCGUCGUGGAGGAUCGCCUGCGGGCCAACGGGCGUGGAACGGCCCAGGAUGUACGACAAGAUCGCCUCGAAUGCCGCAUGGAUCCGCGAGACGAUCAGCGCGGUGUAGUCCCCAAGGUAGGCGGCGCCACGCCCCCACCAGCAUUUGUGUAGAAAACGGAACCGAACUCACUGGGUAUUAUGAGUGUGUAGCAACCAAUUAAGCAUAAAUAUGUAUGUAACUAACCUGCUCUAAUGUUACUCGAACCUAACUCUACUCUAACUAUUCUUUAAACGUCCUUUUUUUUGCUGUUUUGUGUAAUAUUUAUUAACUAUGUUGUAAUUGUAUGUUAAACAUGUCGAAAAGGAAGCAAAUUUAGUUGUUAGAAUCUAUGUUUAGCUGUUUGUAGAAAGAUAUUGUUGAAUAAAAUUAAAUCGUCUAAAA